AUGACAACCCGUGCUCCCCGCUAUGAUCAUGAGUUCUCGUAUAUGACAACCCGUGUUCCCCGCUAUGAUCAUGAGUUCUCGUAUAUGACAACCCGUGCUCCCAGCAAUGAUCAUGAGUUCUCGUAUAUAAUAACCCGUGCCCCCCACUAUGAUCAUGAGUUCUCGUAUAUGACAACCCGUGUUCCCCGCUAUGAUAAUGAGUUCUCGUAUAUGACAACCCGUGCCCCCCACUAUGAUCAUGAGUUCUCGUAUAUGACAACCCGUAUUCCCAGCUAUGAUCAUGAGUUCUCGUAUAUGACAACCCGUGCUCCCCGCUAUGAUAAUGAGUUCUCGUAUAUGACAACCCGUAUUCCCAGCUAUGAUCAUGAGUUCUCGUAUAUGACAACCCGUAUUCCCAGCUAUGAUCAUGAGUUGUCGUAUAUGACAACCCGUGCUCCCCGCUAUGAUAAUGAGUUCUCGUAUCUGACAACCCGUAUUCCCAGCUAUGAUCAUGAGCUCUCGUAUAUGACAACCCGCGCUCCCCGCUAUGAUCAUGAGAUAUCGUAUAUGACAACCCGUAUUCCCAGCUAUGAUCAUGAGUUCUCGUAUAUGACAACCCGUAUUCCCAGCUAUGAUCAUGAGUUCUCGUAUAUGACAACCCGCGCUCCCCGCUAUGAUCAUGAGUUCCCGUAUAUGACAACCCGUGCUCCCCGCUAUGACCAUGAGUUAACGUAUAUGAUAACCCGUGUUUCCCGCUAUGAUCAUGAGUUCUCGUAUAUGACAACCCGUGCUCCCCGCUAUGAUCAUGAGUUCUCGUAUAUGACAACCCGUGUUCCCCGCUAUGAUCAUGAGUUCUCGUAUAUGAAAACCCGUGUUCCCCGUUAUGAUCAUGAGUUCUCGUAUAUGACAACCCGUGUUCCCCGUUAUGAUCAUGAGUUCUAG